GUUGCGCGCUUCCCGCCAGCUGACCACGUGCCUCAGCCUGGCCUGCCAGCGGACCCAUGUGGCGGAGCAAACAUGGCGGCGCGGAAGAAGGGGGAAGAAAGCGAUUUAACUGUCGGCAACGGCGAAUUUCCAUCCAGCAACCCCCUCAACGAGUUGGCCCUGAGUAGAAGUCAUGGGGAAGAGGUGGACCGCUCCAUACUGGCCCUCUUUGAAGACUCCAUUGUGGCAUCAGAGAGCCAUCAUGAUCCAGAGGAAGGAAGUGAGAGCCUGCUGCAUGCCCUGAAUGAGAUGCUGGACAGAGUGGGACAGGAGGAUGAUGAUGAUGAGAUUUUCUCCCCCUUCGACAUCCUGCCAAACACAGAGCUGCUGCACCGUGCAGAGCACAGAGACGAGCCGCUCCUUCAGGAGCCCUCACCUCCUGUCAGGCUCCGACUGAGACCAAAACCACCAGAUGAAACCGCAAAAGCCUGUUCAGAUGGAGAACAGAAAGUAGAGAGGAAUGGUCCCUCCCAGGUGUUAAAGAAAAAGAACCAGAGAUCGUUCUGCGCCAAAACCAAGAGAGCAAAGGCUGAGGUGGAGGUUUUCACCUCAACGUCCCUCGUCAGUUUGGUGAAACUCAUGCAUCCCUACUGCUUGAAGCUGAAUGUAGAGAAGGCAGGGACGAACAGCUUCCUGUUCUCUCAGGAAGAGGUGUGGAGGUAUGAACGGCCCUCUGAAGAGAGCGAUGAGGAGAUCAACGUUGUGUCUGAUGAUGAGGAGACAAAGGAGGAGGGGUUUGGAAGAAGAGAGGGAGCCCCACCCCUAAAAAGUGUGCUGCUGAGGGAAAAAUCCCCCAGAGAGAAGAAGAGGGUGAGCUUUGGUCCUGUUUACGUAGCUUCAUUUAAUGAGUCAGAGGAGGAUCCUCAGGAGAAAAACCUGAACACAAAAACACCUGAAGAUCCGCCUGAAGCCCUGCCGUCCAGAGGAAACCAGAGUGUGGAUCACGAAGAUCAAGAGAAGAAAAGUGGGACAAAAACAAAAUCCCUGAGCCUGCAGGAGUACAGGCAGCUUCGGUUAAAUAGGAAACCGUUGGUUGAGAAAAACAGGAAUAACACCACCAAGUGGCCGACUGUGUCUGAGCUGCCUGAAGGGCUGACCCCCAUCCUCCCCCUCUGCAGACCCAACACCACAGCUGAGUACGGCCCUUUGAUCCAACAUGCUUCCAAUGUGAAAGAAGCUAGACUACACAACCCUCUACAAGUUACAAAGCCUGAGCCCAGAAGCUCACAGACCCCUCCGCUGCCGGAGGACACCAUCAAACCCACUAUCAGUAAACUAGGCAGCUGGAGGGCAAAGAAGCCAAAGCACCUCAGCAGCGACCCUCCAAACCCAGUCCUCGUUCCCCUGGCUGCUCCUCGGACACCCACAACCCCCCCAGGCUCUGCCUGCCUGCACAGAAACAAACAUCUACAAAAUGAAUUCCCCAAUGCACCUUAUUUGAGCUCUUCAGAACCAUCGUCCAAUGCCUCUCCUCUGAACAAGAACCUCCAGGAAAUGGACAUCCAGCAGCAUCAGGAAGUUAAGCCUCCACAUACUGUCACUGGAUCUCACCAGGAAAGCAGCCAGAACCCAACAGAACCAGCAGAGCAGUCAGCAAGUCCAGAUCCCCCCCUCAGCCCUCCCCUCACAGAGAAUCACGUACAGAUGAAGGAGACGCUUCCAGAGGUUGAGUCUAAGGAACCAGAAUCUCCUGGGUCUGGCUGCAGGGGGAGCAGAGCUGCUGCUGAAUCAGGUAUCGAAGCAGCUGAUCUGACCAGCCUGCUGGAACAGUUUGAGGAAACACAAGAAGGAAACUGCUGUGUGGAGCUGAACCGACCUAAUCCAGCAGAGCCAGAGCAGCCCUCUAAAUCCCCACUAAAGCUCACUGUGGAAGCCCUUAAACCUCGGAUCACUGAUGAGAUCCUGAAUGUCCGAACGUUAGACGUCCCCGAGCCGCUCCGCACUGAAGUGGUUCAGAGCACUUUGAAGAACCAGACCACCAGAAGUAAAAGUCCUUCUGUGAAACACAUUCAGAUUAUUGACCCACGUCCCCUGCCGUCCAGGAAGGCUCGAAUGAGCCUAACAGAGCCGCCUGCAGCUCAGACUUCAGCUCAGAUGUAUUCACAUUUCUGCUCUGAUCAUGAUUACUGCGGUUCUGUUGGUCAUUAUCCUCUGGAAGACAAACCGCCGCCUGAAACCAGGACAGAGCCGGAGCAGAUGACUCCAGACUCAGGAGCAGAUGGGGUCCAUAAAGAUCAGGUUUCUGAUAAGCGGACGUCGGCGCUGCUGCAUCCAUUAGCUGAAGGCGGGACGGGUUCCCAGAUCAACACAAACACAAAUGAAGUCCUGCAGUUUUCACCCAGCGCUGUCACGGAGGGAGGGAGUAGAGACGACAAAGGGACAGCCCUCUGCAGCCUCCCUACACCCCCACCCUCUCCUCCUACUAGAGGCAGAAGCAAGAGGAGGUACAGGAGAAGAUCCCCUCGCUCAGACUCCAGCUCCUCAUCCUGCUCUCCAAAAAGACCAAGGAUCCGUCGCAGACGUUCAGAAAGCAGCUCCUGUUCAUCUUCCCCCUCCCCCUGCGCCUCCUCUCCACGGCGUUAUCGCAUGUCCUAUUCAAGGUCCAGAUCCAGUUCCUGGUCUCGGUCUAGAUCCCGCUCAUCUUCACCGCAAAUAUAUCCCAGGCGUUGGAGAGACAUGUCCAUAUCACGCUGUGGCACUGUGUCGUCCAGGAGGCGCAGCAGAGAGAAUGAGAUGAGGAUUCAGAAACUUAAAGCCAUAGACGAGCGCAGGGUGGUUUACGUCGGCCGGAUACGCAGAACGAUGACACACGACGAGCUGAGAGAGCGCUUCUCUCAGUUUGGAGAGGUGGAAUGUGUGUCGCUUCAUUUCAGAGACAGCGGCGACCACUACAGCUUUGUGACGUUUUACAACACGGAGGACGCAUUUGCAGCCAUCGAUAAUGGCGGGAAACUGAGAAGGCCCAACGAGCUGCCGUUCGACUUGUGCUUUGGAGGUCGCAGGCAGUUUUGUAAUUCAGAUUACGCUGAUCUGGACGCCAAUAGAGAAGCACAGCCGCCGUCCCCCAGGAGCAGGUUUGAAGACCUGGACUUUGAUUCGCUGCUGAAACAGGCCCAGAGAGGACUGAAGAGGUAGCACAUCAGCAGGAUGAGAACCUGAUCCCACAGCAUCACAAUUGUGUAGUGAAGCCUUUUUUUUUUUUUUACUGUGGGUGUUUUUUAUUUUAUUUUUUUUAUUUUUCAGGGUUGAAUGACUAAGCUGAACAUGCAUGCAUUUAUUAAUUUGUACAUGACAAUACAGCACUGCUUGAGUGUAUAGUUAUUCAUGGUUGAAAAGCAUUAUAAUGUAGCACUGUGAUACUGAAUAUGUUUUAUUGCAUGUUUGUUACAUUCCAGAACAGAAAGGUAUGUUGAAGUUUUUAUAUCAAAAUAAA